AUGGUGAGCGCUGCACUUGUUCGUACCGUUAUCGGCAUUAUAGGGAAUGUGAUCUCUUUCGGCUUGUUUUUCUCCCCAGCGCCAACAUUCUAUCGGAUAAUAAAGAAAAAGUCCGUGGAAGAGUUCAAACCCGAUCCAUAUAUAGCAACGGUUCUAAACUGUGCGUUUUGGGUGUUCUAUGGGCUUCCUUUCGUGCACCCUCACAGUGUUCUUGUGGUUACCAUCAAUAGCGUUGGCCUUGUCUUCGAGUUCGUCUAUCUCACCAUUUUUUACAUUUAUGCCACUAACAAAGGACGGAGGAAGGUACUGCUCCUUCUGGGAUUAGAGGCUGUGUUCUUUGCCGCUGUUGCUCUUAUAACGUUGCUGGUACUACAUGGCACUCACAAAAGAUCGUUAGUGGUUGGUGUACUGUGUGAUAUAUUUAAUAUCAUGAUGUAUGUCUCUCCUCUUACAAUCAUGGCAAAGGUUAUAAAAACGAAGAGUGUGGAAUAUACGCCGUUUUGGCUAUCUCUAACUAACUUCCUCAAUGGAGUGUGCUGGACAAUAUACGCUCUCAUCCAUCCUUUUGAUAUUUACGUCCUGGUAAGUAAUGGAAUUGGAGCCUUGUCUGGACUGAUUCAGCUGAUACUAUAUGCUUGUUAUUGUUCCUGUAAUAAUGGAGAGAAGAACGGUGAUGGUGAUGACACUGUGUCAACUACAGUGGCUAAGGGAAACAUUGAGUACCACCCCCACCUUCUCACUAAUAACUCGGACGACGGCCACCAGACGUGGACUAAGUCGGAAUCUGCCCCAUUGAAGAUUUGGGCCUCACUUACAAGCCCAAAGGCAACCCAAUUUGAGGUAACCCUUGAAACAUUGGCGUUGUUGUCAGGAACUGGGGAUCGACGCUUUAUAGCGGAUGAUCACUAUCAUGACAGACGCACAGCGUCUGAGUCAGAACCAGAACACCAAGACAUGGUCAAAACCAAUCAGGCCCUUAUGGUACCUCCUCAAAGAACGGAAGAACCACAUGGGGAAGGCACCUCAGGUGAUCAUCACUACAGAAGAAUCCCCUCAGACGUUCGCCACACUGAAGGGGAAGAACAACCCCAUUCUACCGAUUUCAUGGGAUUACUACACGGACAUCAUGGCCGCCUUGAGUAA